GCGGAAUGCGGCAGCCCCGGAACGGCGCCGGGGGCGGGGCCUCACGGCACGGCCGCGGCCCCGCCCCCGUCGGGCUCAGCCAAUGGGCGGCGAGCGCCUGCCCGCACCCGCGAUGGCGGCGGCGGCUUCGAGCGGGCCGCGACCUCGCGAAGCCCCUUCCGGUUCGCGGCGCCCGCGCCCGCGAUGGCGGCGGCCGGGGGGGUCGCGGCCGGGGGGGGCGGGCGGCCGUAGGGCCGGGCCGGGCCAUGGGCAACGCGCUGGGCCCCGCCGCCCCCCGGGCCCCGCGCCGGGGGCAGCCGCUGGGCAGCCCCGGCAGCUUCGACGAGCUGCAUCGGCAGUGCAAAGAGGUUUUCCCGCAGCAGAUGGAGGGCGUGAAGCUGAUCGUCACCAAGACCCUGAGCAGCCACUUCCAGGUGACGCACACGGUUCACAUGAGCACUCUUGGCCCCUCCAGCUACCACUUCAACGCCACCUUCGUGGGGGACCGGCAGCUCGGCCCCACCGAGGCCUUCCCCACACUGGUGGGGGACAUGGACAACAGCGGCAGCCUCAAUGCCCAGGCGCUGCAUCUCGUGGCCGAGCGCAUCCGCACCAAAGCUGUCUUCCAGACACACCAGGCCAAGUUCGUGACAUGGCAGUUCGACGGCGAGUACCGGGGGGAUGACUGCACCGCCACCCUCACGCUGGGCAACCCCGACCUUCUCGGCGAGUCCGGUGAGCGGGUGAUCCUGGUGGCCCAUUUCCUCCAGAGCGUCACCUCCCGCCUGGUACUGGGCGGGGAAAUGGUUUACCACCGGCGGCCGGGGGAGGAAGGAGCCAUCCUCACGCUGGCGGGCAAAUACACGGCUCUGAAGUGGGUGGCGACGCUGAACGUGGGGUACGGCGGCGCCCACGCCAGCUACUACCACCGAGCCAACGAGCAGGUGCAGGUUGGGGUGGAGCUGGAGGCCAACACGCGGCUGCAGGACACCACCUUCGCCUUUGGCUACCAGCUCAACCUGCCACAAGCCAACAUGGUCUUCAGAGGGCUCCUGGACAGUAACUGGAGCGUUGGAGGGGUGCUGGAGAAGAAGCUGCCCCCCCUGCCCGUCACCCUGGCUCUGGGCGCCUUCCUCAACCACUGGAAGAACCGUUUCCACUGCGGCUUCAGCGUCAUCGUGGGCUGAGGGGCUGUGGGGGUGGGCGGCACAUGCCACCGUCCUGCUCAGGGAGCCGCCCCGCCGCACCGCGCCGUGCCGUGCCGUGGGGUCACCGGCUGGGCCCCGUUCUUGUGCCGUGGUGCUGGGGGAGCCCGUGGAGAGAGGAGCUGGUCCCUGGAGGCCAGGGGACACUGUGUGACAGUCUGUGGUGCCUGUUUGCGCCUUUGGGCUGAGGAGUGGCUGCUGCCCGGGGCUGGGGGCCUCCAUCGGCCCCGCGCCGCGCUUCCCUCUGCUCCCACCCCUGCUCUGCCUCAGUUUCCCUCCAGCGGCGCAGUGGGUGGCUCUGGGCGCACGCACCUGCGGAGCCUGAAAAAAUAAAGGAGCUUUACUCUGCCCUGUAAA